AUGCGGAGGCUGGCCGCGCCGCUGAUACUCGCGGCGCACACAAAUGCGCUGCUCGCGGGCCCGCCGCUCAAGCAACAAACGCGACCGUGCUUCGCGCCGGCCACCGCGCCGGCGGUGGACGACGAGACGGACUUUGUCUCCGCGGACGACCUCGAGCGCGAGGCCUUCGCCGAGGAGGUCGUCGUGCGCAGCAAGGGCCCGACCGCGGCGGAGCUGCGCGCGCGGGCGUGGUUCGAGGCCGCGCUCCAGGAGGCCGAGGCCGACUACCCGACGCGCGCGCCGCCCGUGGCCCUGGCGAGCAGCGAGGGCGUCGCGGCGCUUGAGCGACCCUCGGUCGUGCUCCCGUCCAAAAAGCAGGAGCCCUGGCGCUUCACGCGCUUGGACGACCUGUGGCGAUGCGCGCCGACGCGCGAGCUCGCGGACGCCGCGCCCCUGGCGCCGAGCGACCUCGAGCCGUGGCUGCCCGCGGACGACGACGAGCCCGUCGCGGUGCUGGUCGACGGCGUCGUCGACGCCGCGUUGUCGAAAAACCUCGGCUUCUCGUCCGACCGAAAGAGCUGGGUCGGGUCCAUACGGGACGCGCCGCCGGACGUCUUGAAGGUGAUGGGCCCCCUGCACGCGUCACUGCCCGAGGUCGUGAAGGAGGAGUCCAUCCCCCAGCGCGUCUCCUUGGGCGGCGGCGCCUUGUGCGGCCUCAACGCCGCGUGCGCGCCCGACGCCGUCGUCGUCUGGGUCGCGGACGACGCGGACGCCCUGGCGGUGGCCGACGCCGCGCGUGCGAACGCGCCGGACCGCGUCGAGUCCGAAGCCGCGUGCGUGCGCGCGCACGUCGUGCACGCGCGACGGAGAGCCAAGGGCGCGCAGCACGCGCGGACCGUGAUUUCGACGGGCGCCGGCGCGAACGCCGCCGUGCGCGAGUCCUUCGUCGGGUUUACGAAGCUGGACCGGUUUAGCGCGCUCACGAACGCGCGGACGACCUGCAGCGUCGGCGCCGGCGCGACGCUGACGCACGUGUUGGACGGCAACGAGGCCGAGCAGGCGCACAUCCACCACGCGACGGCGGUGUGCGCCCGGGACGGCGCCUUCCAGUCGCGCACGCUGUCGGACGCGGGCGCGCUGUCGCGCGUCUGCGUCGACUGCGACGUCGCGGGCGCGGGCGCCUUCUUCGACUUUAGCGGCGUGCAGCUCGGCGGCUCGGACCAGAACUUGGAUCUGCGGACCGCCCUGACGCACUCGUCGCCGGACGCCGACAGCGCGCAGGACAUUCGCAACGUCGCGGCCGAGAACGCGAGAUUAGUGUUCAAGGGGCGGAUCGACGUGCCGCAGCUCGGCCAGCGGACGAACGCGGACCAGCUCUGCCGCUCCCUUGUGUUGGACGACGGCGCGGCCGUCGACGCGAUGCCCUCUCUAGAGAUUGUGGCGGACGACGUCAAGUGCACGCACGGCGCGACCGUCGCGGACCUCGACGAGGAGUCCAUCUUCUACCUCGAGAGUCGUGGUCUGGCGCGCGCCGACGCGCGGGCGCUGCUCAUCAAGGCGUUCUGCUUCGAGCUCGUCCAGAAGACGGACGACAUGCUGCCGCGCGGUACCUUGGACCGGCUCGACGCGAAGCUCUCGAGUUCGAGGGCGGCGGAAGAAGAAUCGGCGGGGACGGUACUCGAGCAUCUGCCCUGGUUGACUCGCUUUUCCGUACAGCUAGCUUGA